UUUCUUUGAAUACAUCACAUUGAUUUCGUAAACAAAAAAUCGUCGGCUAUUCUCUUCCGCGUCACAUUCGUAUCGUUUGGAACGUUUUUAGCGUUGUUCAAAGGCAAGACCGAGAGAAAUAAUAAUUAAACAAACAACAGCAACAAUGAACAACGAUACUGCCAAACAAAUAUUAAUUGACAUCAUACGCACAGUAAAUCAGCCUGAGAAUUCGAAAAAGUUAUCGGAAGCCAAGGCCUCGGCUGGCAAGGAAAUGCUCCUGAUGAUGCAGCAUGUUUUCCCAUUGGUAAUGCAAUUACAAACGGAGGUAAUAAAAUCCUAUGGAUUUUCGGGCAAUCGUGAAGGAUUGGUUCAAUUCUCGCAAUUGAUACGUGAACUGGAAAGAGAGGAUGUGGAAAUUGCUAGACUACGCAGUCAAAUACGUGCGAUAUAUUUGCCACCCAUUGCCAUCAAUACGACCAAUGAUAUAUUAAUAUAAGAUUCAUUCGUAGAAAGGAUCCCAUUCAUUACAAAGUGUGUCUAUGAUAAGAUUUUUUCGAUCAUCACCAAUAUUCGAGGUCCAAAUGCAUUUCAUUUUUUAGAUGUAUAUUCAGAGAAAUAGUAUUAACAAGAACUUCAGUCUUAUAACAAUAACAAAUUGCAUUUAUGUGCGAACAAUUGCUCUCAAUUUUUUAGGUUCUGAAAUCAAAACUUCGAAGUAUUUAUAACAUAUACUGCCAAUUACUGCGAAGAAUCUUGAGAUAUCAAAAUAAGUCUAUAGAAAUAAUACAACCUUCUUUAUACAAUAUUGUGCUUGGUGCAAUUUUUAUAUAUAUUUCAUGUAAGCGUAUUAUAAAUUUCUAAAAAUAUAUAAUAAAAAAGCAUGCAAAAACA